AUGAAGGCAGAUUGGGCAAAUUUAGAAGCGCUUGCACUCGGAUUGAUUUUAGAUAAAUUAUAUGAAAGGGUUGAUCAAAUCUGGUUUGGUGCUGUGUGCAAGAAUUGGCUAUCAGUUGCAAAGCUUAACCAUCAAAAUCAAGAGUUGAGAAAUAAUGUAUUACCCAUGCUUAUGAUCCCUAAAACAAACCUAUGUUUGUAUGGCAUUUCAUCCAACACCACAUAUGAAUUUCAAUUUCCAAUUCCUUAUUAUGAUAACUGUUGUGGAUGUAGCCAUGGAUGGAUUACAACAAUCCACACAAAAUACCAUGCAUACUCUGAUAUGGAUAUAUUCAUAACUAUGUUUAAUCCUUUUAAGACUGUUUCUCCUAUUACUCUUCCACCUCUCAGAACAUAUAGUGAUUAUUAUGAAGGACUAUUGCCUAAGGUUACUCUUUCUGCUGACCCUAUAACAAGCCCAAAUGAUUACGUAGUUGCAGUAAUUUAUCAUAGGACUCUAGCUAUUUUUAAUGCGGGGCAACCCCGUUGGACUUCCAUAAGCUAUUACGGUUUUAUCUUUAUGGAUGUCAUGUUUGACGGAGAUUUAGUAUAUGGUUUAACAAAACAUCACAUGCUAUUAUCCUCCGAUCUUAGUUAUUUACACAAAGGAGAUAUCACAACGACAAUAAAUUGCAUUUCCAAUUCAUCUUUUCGUAAAGAUUUGAAAUGUUAUCUUGUGAUGUCAUUAGAGGGAGAUUUGUGGAUGGUGAGAAAGCUUCUGAAUGAUAGGAUAAUGAUCAAAUUUGAAGUGUUCAAGGUACAACUCAAUGCUCAAAGGCAAAAGGUCAAGCGGAUAGUAAAACUUAAAAGUCUCGGGGACAACGUUUUAUUCGUGGGAGAUUGUGAUUCGAUUUCUGCGUCAGCUUCUUGUUUCUCUGGUCGAUUGAAACAAGAUUCUAUCUAUUAUAUUAACAGGGCUAAACAUUAUACGUCAUUUGGACAUUAUUGGGAAACAUUCAAUGUAGAAAUAUAUAAUGUAAAAGAUGGAAGCAUUUGUCAUCAAUAUGCAGAAUGUUCUUUCCUCAAACAUGUGCCACCUCCUCUUUGGGUUGCACUUCCUUUUCAAUGA